AUGGAAGAGUACAAGAACUUGAUAUGGUCCAGACAUAAUCCACGAUCGGAAGGGAAGUUGCUGGAACAAGCGUCGAUCGAUUUCGCAGACUACCACAAUGACAUCUUCAAUCUUCAUAUUAACGAAAUCGACCCAGUCCAUCAGAUCGAGGACAUUCGCACAUUUCUGGACGAGUCGGCUCUUUUUCUGCCGGCUGAAAUACCAGUCGAUCCUCGCACAGGGCAGAAAGUUCAACAGUUGGAAGUGAAAUGUAUGAAACCGUUGCAUCUGUUCAAUAAGUUCCCAUCCGGUUCUGUGCUAACGCGUGACGAGCAUCAACAUUGUCUCACGGUACAGAAUCGGAUAAACAUGCGCUUACCCUUUACCCGCCCUAACGAGAAGAAAAACUACGAGCGAUACCAGAAGCUGAUGGAAAAGCUUGCCCCGGAAAAGGAAAUGUUUGACAGCUUUGUGAAGAAUUACUUUAGCACAAACCUGCUGCGUCGGGUGCAAACGAUAGAACCCGAGCUGAACGCAUUGGUUGUUAAAAUUUGGCAGGAAAAGGUGCAGGAACGCUUGGCACUCGAGCGCGACCUGGGUGGCAAGUAUCUUCUGAUGACCGUUGUUCCCUUUGUUGGUAGCGUAAAAAACGAAACUAACGUGGUGUUUAAACCCGACCCGCAAGAGGUUCACGAAACGGGAACUGUACGGAAUCUUUUCACCGAGAACGUUCUACGAUGCCUAACGCUCAAACGAAAUGACCGAGUUCUGGAUGAUUUCGUAGCGGAAUGGUGUGCGGUACGAUGUAAACGGGAUGAACAAUUGGUUAAUAUACACACGAUUUUGCAGCAGCUACCGGCCGUUUCGUUUGUUCUGCCUGCUGGUGCAUUUACACUCUUGUUGAACUAUGCCCAAAACAUACACGAACAGUGGGCGAUACCGUUCGAAAUUAAAAUGCUAGACGGCCGAAAGGUUUUGAUAAUGGACAGUAAACAUCCACCGAAUAAGCUGUCCACCCACGCUAGGAAGAUGAAAGCGUACAAACUGUUAGUUAAAAGUUAUAUGAAUUUCCUAGCCACUAAACAUGAGCCAGAGUCGUCUAGAUGUCCCGACAAAGAUAAAGAACAGAUGAAGGAACCAUUCAACCCGGUGCUGUUUGAUGAAUAUAUGAAAACAAUGGCACAUAAAAAACCUUACGUGGUGCAGGAGAAGGUUCGAGAGAAUAGGUUUUACCAGCCGUGGAAAUUGAAGGAUCUCGAUGAAGAACACCACUUGCUGCUGUACUAUCGGCAGGAUUGCUACGAAUCGUUUCGCAAAAUGCGUGUCUUCAUGAACAUCUCCAUAAAGAUCGAGUAUCAACCAGAGUUCGGUGCGGAACAGAUGAUGCUAGCGGAACUGUUGCAGGAAUGGUGCCGUCAGCUGGUGCGGCCCAACUCUAAAACGAUGCGAUUACGUAUUAACAGCACAACGUCAACGAUCAUCUCCCAUCGUUUCCUCGAGUUACGCGAUAUUGAGGAAGAACUUAACCGACUUUACGGCGUAGAGCCAUGUAAUCUGAUCACGAAUGUUUGGAAAAUGCUAAAACUGAUGGUACAUUUCCCUACCGGAACGUAUCUGCUGUAUCGCGAUGGCAAAAGUACCCAGGGGCCAUCGGUGUAUGGAAAAACGGUGGAAAAACUGGGCCAAACGAGUAGUCCCACAGGUGUCAGUUUAAACUGGGCCGAUCUAUUAAGUCACGUUCAGUACGAUUGUUCACCGUUGGAGCAGUAUGACUGGAUCCCGAUCGAUAAGUUCGUAAUAACGAAACUACAUAGGACAAAUACUCUUUUUCCGUGCAGCUUUCCACACUGGACGUCCGUCCGGUGGUUGGAUUCGCGGGCAAAUCAAGUAAAGGCGAAAGCAGUGCAAACGAAACCGGUCAAUAACAAGAAAGCAGCUACACAGAAGCCCAAGCAAGUCGACAAAGUCUUGACACCUGGACAGCUGCUGCGCAAAGAGAAGGUGAAACUACGAAAGCAGCAUGCUCGUCAGCAAAAAUUAAAAGCACAGCAGAUACAGCAAUCGCUAAAUCAGUUUGCUCCUUAUGCCGGGUCAAUGAAUUCAAAAACGGCAAUAAAUACUGUAGAAUUUAAGGAUGCUGCAGCAGCUGGAAGGAGCACCAACGGGAAGGAGCUACCAAUAGAACAAACUGUAUCGAUGGUUGAUUACAAUUCGUACGUGGAACAAGCCGCAAUAAACUCGGAAGAAAAAGCUAAGUAA